UCCCGCGGCCGCGCCGGCUGCUUCCGCCCGGUUUCGGCAGACGUCGCUGGCGCUGGGCGCUGCCUCGCCGCUGCCGCCGCGAUGCUGGGUGUUGGGGAGCCUGCGAGGGGGGAAGCUUGUCAAGGUCCAUUUGGAUAGCAGCCCAGCCCACCAGUGUUUCAGUUGAUGUCUUACUCCCCUCUGAAACUGGUAUUAUGCACGAACCAUCUGAGAGUGCGUACUGUCCCAUUGUCCAGGUUUUUAAUGAAGACAUUGAACAGUACUGGCCCAAUACUGAUCCUUGAAGGACAUUGCUGCAAACAAGAGGUCAGCAGAAGAGCCAAUCCCAUUACAUGAAGAAUUCAUCUACUGUUGUGGAGCUGCUACCCAUGUCUUAAAGUGUGGGCCUUGGAAAGACCUCUCAAAAGAUGCAAGCAAAAAUCUACCCAGGCUCUUAUUCAUGAUUAUUCCCGGUAACCCUGGACUGGCAGGUUAUUACAGGACCUUUAUACAGGCCUUAUAUUGUGGACUAAAUCAGCAGUAUCCCGUUUGGGUUGUGAGCCAUGCUGGACAUUGUAAGCCUCCUAAUGGUAUGGAAAUGAUAGAAGACACAGAUAUUAAGGAACUAGAGGAUGUUUUUGGACUUAACGGACAAGUAGAGCAUAAGCUGAACUUCCUCAAAAAGAAUGUAUCAAAAGAUAUAAAGCUGGUACUGAUUGCUCAUUCUAUUGGUUGCUACAUUACACUGGAGAUGAUGAAGCGAGCAUCAGAACUUCAGGUUCUUCGCUCUGUGCUGCUGUUUCCAACCAUAGAGCGUAUGGCUCAGUCCCCUCAAGGAAAGCUCAUGACCCCUUUGCUGUGCAAACUUCGUUAUGUUCUGUACAUGCCCGUCUACCUGCUGUCCUUCCUACCAGAGGGAGUCAAAGCCUCCCUGGUGCGGUUUGCUCUGCGAGGAAUGAAGACCUGCGAUGAAUCAUCCAUAACAACUUCUGUGAAUCUCUUCAGUGUGGACUGCAUCGCCAACAUCUUGUAUAUGGCAAGUCAAGAAAUGAUGAAGGUUGUGGAGAGAGACAGUACAACCAUAAAGCAAAAUUUAAAGAAGCUGAUCUUCUACUAUGGAACUGGAGACAGCUGGUGUCCACAGCACUACUACGAUGAGAUCAAAAUGGAUUUUCCAGAUGGGGACAUUCGACUUUGUGAGAAAGGGCUCCGCCAUGCCUUUGUGCUGGAUGCCAGCAAGGAGAUGGCUGCCAUGAUUACAGACUGGUUACAGGAUGAUCUGACCAAAUUAUAAACAUAGAUUCAGUGAUCAACAAGAAAACUAUGUAAUUAUUUUGUGAACAUGUAAUUUUUUGUGAGAGAGUCUGUCCUAUUUUUUUCUGUUUAUUAUAGAUUAUGGCUUGUUUUCUAUUGACAUGUUUUAGAGAAAGCUGAAGAGAGACUGGCUGGUCCAAAGUAUAGUUUUAUUGAUUCAGUGGUGAUGUACCUUCAUCCUGCAUCUUGAGGACUCUGCAGGACUUGGCAGAGGGUGGUUUAUUGUCUGCUAGCACUCUAGACAACACUGGUACUAGAUUCACUGGCUACAAGUGUACCUGAGUUACUGUCACCUCACUCAUCUGCUGGGAAACUGCCAGGGAUGUGUUUAGGGCAUCCCAGCUGGCUUGCCUUGGAAAGAAAUACCAGGCUACUCUGUAUGGAUAAAAAUCUCCCUGGGGACGGAUCCUGACAAUGGAUCCUGGUAUGUUGUGAAAGACCUGACCCUCUCCAUAUGUCUCAUCCGUCCAUGUAACCCUGGUGCGUGACAGCCAGAACAGCCCAAGGCUCCAGGACAACCCUAACAGUGUAUCCUCCAGGCCAGAGGGGGUUGGUGAUCAAUCAAAGGUCAGGCUGAGUUCAGGAUGAGUGCAAGAGAGGUGUGUAGAUGAGGUGUGCAGUCUCUCCAAAGUCUCAGAAGAGGUUUAGGGUGCUGCCUGGACUCCACAGGGUAUUAAAAAUACCCAUAAGGUAACUGUGGCCACUCAGUGAACACAUACAGAGCUCUUGUCUGGAAUAUUGCCAACUGUUUUAUAUUUUGAUUAACUGUAGAGAAAGUAAAGGACACUCGUCAAAAGUGCCAGUAUUAAAAGGUUAAAAUAGAUUUCAGAAUCCAUAUAUAACUACUUAUAGGCGGCCUAGCUCUCCUAAUGAAGUCCAUGAGAACAGUACUUGCUCAGCAACUUUGAGGAAUUAAACCAGUUUUGAUGCAUGCCUAAAUUGCAGUUCUUUGCCCUAAGGACUGAAGUAUAAGUUUUUCUGCCAAGCCACAAAUUAGAUAAGCCCACAAUGAGAAGAUGACUGUUGCUCUCCUGUGAUUGCACCCAUGAAAUGUCAUGAAAUGUCACUGUUGAGAACCAGAUCCUUGCUAUAGCACAUUGCGGACAAGUAGACUGUUCCUCACAGUUGUUCAUCCCUCUCCUUUACAGGUGGCAGAAAACUAGAAUAAGACAUCCUACCAGUUGUGAUAACAGAAGAAGUUACAGGCAAUAGCUAGAAAUGAAAAAUAAUGUAAGUGAAAGGAACAGAGCCAAGUGUAAUCAGGAAAAGCUUUCUAGCCUUGAACCUGUGAAAUAGUGUCCCUGUGGAGUUCAUAGAGACAUUUAUAAAUAAGUGAAACACUACAGAAUAUAGUCAGGGGAAGUCCUGCCCUUGCAAACAGAUGAAUUUAGAUGAUGCACUGGCUAUCUAACUUACAUGUUUUAUUAACAGUUUUAAUGUGAUGUAGAAUGACCAAUUAAUUCCUGGGUUUUCUUAGACAAUUACAUACACACCUUCCACUUCUCUCUUAAUCACCCUUGAAUCUUUCACUAAUAUCUAGAGCAAUUUGCAGUAGAAUUCACUUCCUGGAUAUUUUGGACUAGUUUUCAAACCUGCGGACAGACAGUGGAUUUAAGUGACCUUUGCAUCAGAAACUGGUUUAGCUUUUGAGACUAGCCAGUGGCUUUUCAGAUUACACUGCCACAUAAUAAACAGAUACUGAUGCUUGAGGCAGAAGUGCUGCGACCGCAGUUGCAGCCGCGUGGGGAGGAGCCAGAUACGUUCAAAGUGAAAGGACUGUGCCCAUGCAACUGAUUCUGUUUAUUGGAGAGUCAUGGGACUUCCCUUCUUUUUACAGGGCCAUGUUCAGUCAUGAUCAAAACGAUUCUUGUUCUCACUUUAGGAACCCACAGUUGAACGAGUCUGUGUGUGUUUAAAUAGCCCACAGAUGUUGGCAUCUUCUGUUGUUCCUGUUGGAUGGCCUUACAGCAGAUGCCAAAUACAUCUGUUGGCCUAGGUGCUCCCUGGGGCAGAGUGAGGUGGGGGCAUUCAUAUAUGUGGAUAUAUAUAUGCACACGUAUAUAUAGACAUAUGCACCUGUUUGUAUGUUAGCAACAUAAAAAAUACAGUUCACUUGGUUGUUUUGGUUUACACAUUGAUCUGGUUGAAAUAAGCAUUUGUUUUUCAAAGUAUGUGGAAUCAGGUAAUCAAGCAAGGACUCAGUCUGUAAAAAGUUCAGCUGUUGUAGUGGAUCUCCUGAGGACAGAAAAGAUCGUGCAUUAACCAAAGAUGACAAGCAACUAUUAAAGUCUGGAAACUGAAGCACCUAUGAGAAGCAGUUGUUUACAGUGCAUUAUUCGUAUACUUUGUAUGAGGAAUUAAUUUAGCAAUACUUGUAUUUGACUUGUGUAUGCCUUUUAUACAAAUGUUAAUCCAUUACAGUAGAUCCUACUGACUGCAUUAAGACCUAACCUGAGAUUACAUCUGGUCAGUGAUGACCAGAUCUACUGCAGGAUAAUGCCUUAUGAUUUUCUUAAAUGAAUUUUCUCUAAUAUUAUCAAAACUAUAUUGAUUCAGUUGCUACCUUCUUCCUAGAAGCUGUUGCUGUAAGGCUAAGAUGUGAAAAUUUGCUGCUCUCUUCAUUGCAGAAAAGCACAGGUCUAGUUGUCACAGCUGUACUUCAUCAGAGAGGCAGAUCUCAAACAAGGAGAAUCUAGCUCCUCUGAAGCCCAUGGUGUUCACCGUGACACCAGGCAAAGAGUGUCAAAAGUGCUUGUGGUCCAAAUGUGCUAAUUUACCACGAAAAUACAGUGUGGUCUUGCCUGUUUUAGACUGUUCUAGAAUUGUGGGGAAACCUAUCACAAAUGAAUUGACUGUAUGCAGUAGCACCUAAUCUCUGUCAUUCACAUUUGUGCUUAAUUCUCACCACACGAGUAAUCCUGCUAGCUUCAAUGACUGACUCGUGUUCAAGUGUUUUGCUAGAUCUAUACCUUUUAUGAAAAAGUACACAAAUCCAGUAACAAAAAUAAAGACAUUUAUGGUAAAAUGUAA